AUGUUCUGGCAGUGUGAUUUUUCAAAUAACUCCUCGCACUUGAAUGAAUUGUUAAACAGUGAAACAGUCACAUUAGAUGAUGUUAUCAACGAUGAAUACAGCAUGCAGGAAAUUCGCGAUGGCAAUGAAAAACUCAUUAAAUUUUUGACUCAAUCAUCCGUUAUCAACAAUUUGUUAUCAAAUGCACUUAGACCAGAAAUUGACCUUAAAGAACCACAAAAUCAGCAAUAUAAACGUGCUCAUAUAUGUACUGAAAUUCUUUCAUUAAAUUGUGAUGCAAUUUGUGCCGCGUUGCUUAAUGAUCAUUCUGCUUGUACGCUGCUUGUCAAUUUCCUCAAUUUAUCGGAUAUUAACUCUCUUUUAGCCAGUUUUUAUAUGAAAAUUAUGACGCAACUCUUCAGCAAAUGUACAGAAAUGCUAUUAAAUGAACUGAAGAAAACAGAUUUUUUAAAAUAUUGCUUAAAUAAUCUGUUCUGUUCAGCAGUAGCGGAGUUGUUGUAUCGGAUGGUUAAUUUACCGAGUGAAUUUGAGCUUCAAAAUGUUGUCAAACAGUGGUAUGUCGAUUAUCAUUUAAUAGAAAAUCUUAGCAGUCUUUUGGUCGAUGAACAGCCUCCCGAGGUCCACUGCAAUGUUUCGCAUCUUUGGUGCGAAUUAGUGCGUACUCUUCGUGAUGUGCAAUAUACAUCAGAUGAAAAACGAUGUGAUCCGCUUCUAGAAAGUCUACAGUCAGAAAGAAAUAUUCAAAUUAUAGCCAACAAAACUUUACCGAAAAAUCCAUCUCAUCAAAAUGAUUCGGUCAUUAUAAACUGUGCUUCAAUACUUAUUACUCUUCUGGAAACGAAUUUUGUUCCCAAUUGCCCAAGUCAUAUACUUGGAGUUGAGGAGAGGGGUGAAAUUAUUCAUUGGGAUGAUUCUGCAGCAGAUGAUGAAAAUAAACUUUCUGGCGUUGUAGUAUGGCAACCAGAUGCGGGUCGUAUUGUAGAAACUAUAAUUGCCGCUUAUGCAGAUCGAUUAAUCUCUGGUAUCUGUCAUUCAUUUCAGUUACUCAAUACUAAUCAUCUAGAAACGCAUCAAACAAUACUUACCGCAUUUUCGUCUUUCACAAUUAAUCCUUUCAAAUUUUUGUUUGCCAUUGUUUUGGCCCAACCAUCGAUCUCAAUAUUCCAACAACUUUUAGCUCGAUGUGUUUCAUUUAUAUUAUAUACUAAAUCAUCUUCGUCAUCUCCUCUCAUUUCAUAUUUAUUUAAGGACUUUGAUCUAAUUGGUAGCAUACUGGAUUUAACUGAGAAAUCGAAAUCCUCCUCACCAUUGAUUCGCAAAUUAUUGAAUAGUUUUUGCUUUACAUUGGCUAUUUGUAUUCGUUCAGCUCGAUCUUCGCCAAAUUCUGCUAUCAUUGAGGAGUUUAUAAACGAAUCAAGUAGACUUGACGACUGGAACGAGUUUUUAAGGUCUUUAGUAGCUCAAUAUGAGAAAGAAAAUCAAUGUGAUGAAAUCGAAAAAUCUCUCUCAAGCCUUAAUUGCAGUUCACAUUCGGCGAAUGCAUCAUUUAUUGAAUAUGAGUCAGUUAAAGAGCCUAUGAGUAAUAAUGUAGAUCAUGUAAAAAGAAUAUAUGAAGAGCAUAUGCCACCUGAGCCACUUCCUUCAUAUGAUAAACUUCCAUUUUCUCACGCGAAAUUCGGCGAUAUCAAAUAUGCUUGUGAUCUAUCUAUAGCAAAAAUCAUUGACAUCAAUUUGGAAGAGAAAUUUAAUGCUGUUGUUGAUGAACAGGCUUUUGAAGCGUUAUGCUCUCUUCGCUUUAAUAUUGACAGUUUGAUUGAUGAGUCUUCAAAAAAUGAAGAAAGCAAAGCUCAGUUUCUUCAUAACGAAUCGGUUUUCGAAAACAGAAUGAAUUCAACGCAUAAUCCUUCAAAUUCAAAAGGUUUUGCUAUUGACAGUGUGAAUUUAUUGUCUGAAGAAGUAUUUUGUGCUAGAAAUCCAUGUUUUCUAGGUUUUGGGCAUAAAGAAGAACAUGCAAAUGAAUUAUGGGCAACUCCAGUCGAUCCCUUUGAUCCAUGGUCAAAUUUUGUUUCUGUGAAGGAUGAGUGGCCUUUGACAUGUUCUGGCAAUGAAUUCUCGAAGACUGAUAAGGUCAAUCACUUCGUGGUGAAAGAAUUUGUACAUUCAGCGUCAGAUGAUUCAGCCGAACCCGUUUCUGAUAAAUCUUCUGAUUCGUGGGCUGAUUUUACGUCAGUGAAAGCGGAUGAUUGGCCGCCGUCUAAGGCAGUAUCAUCAGAAGAUUGGCCGAAUGUUAAUUCUAGUAUUAAUGAGGAAACGGCUUCUCAACUUGCAAAUAACACUGAUAUCACAUUUGCAUCUAAUGCAAUCGCUUCAGCCAUUUUGACUGGUUCAGUUGAAUCGUAA